UAUCAGAAAUUAUGGCUUGAACAGGUCCAGUGCAGGGCAGUACACUUUGUAACAAGAACUUACACGAGGGAGGAGGGAUGCGUAACCAAUGCUCUAAGGCAAAUUAAUUGGCCAACUCUUGAAAAAAGAAGACAAGUAGCUACACUGAUGUACAAAUGUGUUACCAACCAGACCGCUAUAAAUAUCCCCAGCUAUGUACAUCAGUCUUCCCUAAAAACCAGAUCAUCUCAUCCACUGAAUUUAUCCCACUUCAGCCAUCCUGUGACACGUACAAAUACAGCUUUUGGCCAAGAACUAUCACUGACUGGAAUAGCCUGCCACCUGAUUAUUCAAAAUUGGAUUCA